UAACUCUAUUCUAAUAAUAAUGAAAUAAUUCGCAAAAUUUGAAAUUUAGAAAACCCUGAAACCCUAACUAGCCAAGUGACCGUAAUCACUGAUCGACGUCGAUGGCGUGCAAUGGCGCCGGCGGGUGUCAAUCCGGUUGCUACAAAGACGAAGAACCGACAUCCGACCAACCAACUGCGUCUUCAGAAACCGAUUCAAGGAGCUCUAGCAAUCUCUGCAUCAAGUGCAAACUAAACGACGCCAUUUCUGGCUACGGCGGAAUCGAUGAUGGUCGUUUCUGCGCCGAUUGCUUCAAGAGCAACUUGUUCGGAAAGUUUCGCUUCGCCGUCACAUCGAACGCUAUGAUCUCUCCCACUGAUAAGGUCCUCGUUGCCUUCUCUGGUGGUCCUUCCUCUAGGGUAGCUUUGCAAUUUGUGCAUGACAUGCAAGAGAGGGCUCAUAAGAACUUUGAAGCUAGUAGAGAUAGGUCAUUGCCUGUGUUUGGUGUUGGAGUUGUGUUUAUUGAUGAGACUGCUGUUUUGCCGAUUCCUUCUCAUGAAAUGGAAGAGGCCGUUGAAGUUAUUAAUUUGAUUGUUUCGAGUUUAUCCCCACCGAGAAAGGAGUUGCAUCUUGUUCCUAUUGAGACUGUUUACUCGUCGGAUUCUACUGAUGGAAAGGAGAGGUUAAUUGAGCUGAUGAAUGCAGUUAGUGAUCCCACUGGUAGGGAGGAUAUGCUGCUUUGUCUGCGCAUGUUGGCCUUGCAAAAGGUUGCUUCUGAAUUUGGGUAUAACAGGAUUGUUCUAGGUUCGUGCAUUUCUAGGAUUGCUGCUCACGUCGUUUCAGCAACUGUGAAGGGUCAAGGAUAUUCAUUACCUGCUGAUAUACAGUAUGUUGAUGCUAGAUGGGAAAUCCCAGUUGUGCUUCCUCUGCGUGAUUGUUUUGCCCAAGAGAUCAACAUGUUUUGCUGGCUUGAUAGUCUAAAGACUAUUAAACUGUCUACAGGUCCGAGUUCUAGCAUUAAUAGCUUGGUCUCAUCUUUUGUGGCAUUAUUGCAGGAAGAGAACCCAUCUCGAGAGAGCACAAUUGUAAGAACAGCCGGGAAACUUAUUCCCUUUCAUUUCAACAGGAUUCCUGAGAUCGUUGAUGGCAAUGUUCCGUUGGCAACUCGAAGACGCCAAAAGAGAUAUAAUCUCAAAUCUAAUGAAUCUGUUUCCUCAGAAUCUUUCUGUCUUCUCUGCAAUAGCCCACUUGACAAAAGUGAGAUUGUUGAUUGGAGCAAUCACAAAAACUGCAAAAAUAGUGACACUUUUUAUACUUCUUGCUGUUCAAGUUGUCAGUUUCAGAUACUCCCACCAGAUUCCACUUCAAUGGAGAAAUUUUAUAUGCAUUUGCCUCAUUCAGUGGUUUCUCGGGCAAACCAAGCCAACAAUGGCAAUUUGAAGGCGCUAAGGGAACAAAUACAAGAUUGCUUGCUUUCAGACGGUGAAGAAGAAACUUAACUUGUCUGCACCGAGACUCUCAGCUAAAAGGAUACAUCCUGGUUGUAGUCAAUUUACAGUUUGUGUUUGAGUGACUUAUGAGAAGGUGUUUCUUUUGGCCUCUUGCAAAACCAAAAGUGUCUCGGAGUUUAACCAAUUAGAUUCAUUGGCUUCCUUAGGAUCUUGGUGGUGUUGAUUUUCUGGCAUAACAAUUGUGAGCAUAUUUAAAGAAGUAUUGCUUAACUGGUUUUUUCUAUCGGUUGUAUUUUAUGGGAAGUGUUGGACCACAACAAAGAAAAGAGUAAUUAUUUUGCAAUUUGUGCCUAGUAUGAAAUUAGUUUUUUUUAAUCUCAUGUAGAUGUUUCAUGUCUGCAGAUGAAGCAUGCAUUCUUGAUUGUCAAUUUAUCUGCUUCUGUAGUAUUUUAAAUUGUUUACAACAGAAGCCAUUGUUGUCAGUUGAAGCCAUUGACAUUAAAUAAA